UCAUGCUGCUCGGCCAGGGUCCAGAGUACCUCUCUCAUGGGUCCCUGUACGGCCUCCCAUUGCUGCUGUCUCUAUCCAUCGCCACACUCUGCCAUGUGCCACUUUCAGGUCUCCUCACACUGCUGGUGUGUUUCCAUUUUUUGUCAUAGGGUGCUGGCAGAUUACGGCCUACGGGCCUCCCAUAGCUGCUGCCAGGCCCCUAAUCUGCCAUGGGCCCCCUAUAGCUCUCCCGCCUCCUCAUGCUGCUGCCAAGUCCAGAGUCUCUCAUGGGUCCCUGUACGGCCUCCCAUUGCUGCUGUCUCCAUCGCCACACUCUGCCAUGUGCCACUUUCAGGUCUCCUCACACUGCUGGUGUAUUCCAUUUUU